GUUUUACAUCUCUUUAAUUUCCUAUAAAUACUCUAUUCAUCUCUUUUCCCUUUCAUCAGUAUCUUCUAACCUCUUCAUUUCCUUGAAUAGUAGUAGUAAUUAAGCAAUUAUAUAUUACUUCAUUGAUUAUCAGCUAUUCAAAUUGUAACACAUACAUAAAAGAUGAUGAAGAGUAACGGAGCUAAAUUGUCAACUUUGUUGGUGUUAUAUUUUUUCAGUGUCUCUUCAUUAGCAAAUGUUUCAUUAGCAUCUCUUAAGAUUGGUUACUACCAUUCAAGUUGCCCACAUGCAGAAGCCAUUGUCAGAAAAGCAGUAAACAAAGCUGUGUCUCGUAAUCCAGGCCUUGGCGCUGGCAUCGUCAGGAUGCUUUUCCACGAUUGUUUUGUUAGGGGAUGUGAUGCCUCAAUCCUAUUAGAUUCAACUCCAGGGAAUCCAGCAGAAAAAGAACAUCCAGCAAAUAAUCCAAGUUUACGAGGCUAUGAAGUGAUCGAUGAGGCUAAAAUUGAGCUAGAAUCUGUUUGCCCACAAACAGUUUCUUGUUCAGAUAUUAUUGCAUUUGCUGCAAGAGAUAGUGCCUUUAUGCUUGGAGGCAUUAGAUAUUCAGUGCCAGCAGGUCGUCGAGAUGGAAGAGUGUCAAUUAAGGAUGAACCAACCGCACACCUUCCUGCAUUCACUUCAAAUGCUAGAGAACUUGAGGAAAAUUUCGCAACAAAAGGACUUUCUUUAGAUGAAAUGGUAACACUUUCGGGUGCACAUUCUAUUGGAAUAUCACACUGUUCUUCCUUAUCCAAUAGACUUUAUUCUUUCAAUUCAACUCACCCGCAAGAUCCUACGAUGGAUCCUAGAUUAGCCCAACAAUUGAUGAAAAGAUGUCCGCGCCCUUCAAACUCCGGGGCUGAUCCAAUUGUCCCACUUGAUGUUGUCACUCCAAAUAGACUGGACAAUAUGUACUAUGCCAAUUUGAAGAAUUACCGAGGGCUAUUAACCUCGGACCAGACUUUAUGGACCAGUCCAGCAACAGCUAGGAUGGUGAGGAGUAACGCGAUUCAUGGUGCAAAUUGGGCUCGUAAUUUUGCAUCUGCAAUGGUGAAAAUGGGAUCUAUAGAGGUUAUGACUGGGAUGCAAGGAGAGAUCAGGAAGAACUGCAGGGUCGUGAAUUGAUGGAGUGAUUCUUUUUGUCUUCGGUUAUUGUUAAUUUUUAAUUGUAUCAUCAAUUUUUUUAUUUUUUUUUUUAAUUUUCAAUGUCAUAACAAGUGUAACUGAUUCUUUCCAAUUGUAAUUAGUUUAAUUGAUGUACUAAAAAGAUUUACUUAUUUUCAUAGUGAAGAAGACAUAUUGGACUUCUUCAAUUUAUUUACCCAAAAAAAAA